GACGAAGCUGUCCGAGGCACAGAACAGGAGAAGACAAUGCCUCUGAAGGCUGCCUUCAAGUAUUAUCGAAAAGCCGUGUUUUGGUCUAUCACUAUCUCCAUGGCCACCAUCAUGGAGUCUUACGACAUGCAGCUCAUCAGCUCCUUCUACGCAUUUCCCCAGUUUAAUCGAAAGUACGGUAAACAAUUGCCAAACGGUACAUGGCAGGUCGAUGCAGACUGGCAGCUGGGUCUAAGUCUAGCAUCACUGAUCGGUCUCAUCUUUGGCGUGUUUGCCAGUGGAUACCUUGGUGAUCGCUACGGACCCCGAUAUGUUAUGAUUGCAGCGCAUUGCUUCCUGGCUGGAUUUGUCGCUAUAAUCUUUACAGCGCAGAGCGUUGAGAUACUGUUUGCAGGCGAGUUGUUAUGUGCGUGUACCUGGGGCCUCUUUGCUGCAGCAACACCGACAUACGCCGCUGAGAUCGUCCCUAUGGCACUAAGAGGAUACCUCACGACAUACGUCAAUCUUUGCUGGGUCAUCGGACGAAUCCUUGCGACCGGUGUCCUACGAGGCAUGCUACCGGUGCAGUCGGAGUGGUCUUUCAGAGUCCCGUUCGCGCUCCAGUGGAUGUGGCCACCAGUUUUGAUUUUUGCCACCUGGUUCUCACCAGAGAGCCCUUGGUGGCUCGUUCGCAAAGGGCGUAUCGAUGAAGCAAGGAAGACGCUGGACCGCCUGGUAAGCGCACCUUCUGGGAUAGUUAACAACGACCAUCGUCUUGCCAUGAUGCAGCAUACCAUUGCACUGGAGCGUAAAUUGAAGGUUGGUGGGUCUUUCCUGGACUGCUUCAAGGGCACGAAUCUGCGUCGGACGGAGAUUGCAAUGCUCUCUUGGGGCGGACAAAUACUUCCUGGCUUCAUCAUCCAGGGAUACACGACCUACUUCUUCACCCUCGCCGGACUUGCUCCAAGCGACUCUUUCAAUCUUACGAUGGGCGUCUUUGGUAUGGCUUUUGUUGGCACAUGCGCGUCGUGGUUCUUGCAGCCUCGGAUGGGGCGGCGCACCAUCUACAUUGCAGGUCUAGCCAUCAUGCUGCCGAUCAUGUGGAUUGUUGCUUUUCUCGAGUUCGCGCCAAACGCAGGCAGCAACUCCAGCAUCAAAUGGGCACAAUCAUCCAUAUUGAUGAUUUGGUUCUUCACCUACGGCAUAACGAUUGGUCCAAUUCCUUAUGCCAUCGCCGCUGAAGUCGGCGCAGUACAGUUGCGCUAUAAGACAAUCGCUCUUGGUCGUAACAUGUACUACUUCCUUUCCAUCAUCAACGUCGUUAUCUCGCCGUACAUGCUCAAUCCGAGCAACUGGGAUCUUAAGGGGAAGGCAGCGUUUCCUGCUGCUAUAUUGAACGUAUGUCUGUUGAUUUGGGCCUACUAUAGGCUACCAGAAACAAAGGGCAUGACACCGGAGACCCUAGAUCAUCUGUUUCACGAGAAGAUCAGCGCUCGGAAGUUCAAAGCAGAGGCAUCCAGGUUCCAAUAAAAUAUCAUGGAGCGCAGAGUCGCUUGAGUUCGAGAACAUUCAGGCGCGAGGAUAUGAAGUCCAUGUAACAGUCCAGUAGAUUGCAUUCAUCUGCGGUAUAUCAGUCCACAGCCAUGAGGUGAUUAGAACUAGAAAAGUAUUAUCAUUGCAUUCAUGAAUUGGUUCCCGUUAAUGACAAACCUGAGAGUGAGCAGACAGUCCCGGGUUGUACUUCCAAGAACCAUGGACGCGCUCGCCCUGGUUGUGCCUCUCGAGGAUUGAGUGGAUUGGUGCCACUGACAGCUGUCCGGGUCGCACUUGAUGAGUGGCAGUUGCGGUGGGGUGAUGAUUCCCUAAUCGUCGUUGAGAACUACACAAAUCAUGGUGCAUGGAAAAAGGCGACGAGUUUUGGUGAGCUUGGCUGUCGACUAUGUGGUAGAAUGGAUGGGAUUGAACCUUGC